AUGGGUUUCCAAUCGCUCGAUCUUCUUCGGAUAUCAUUCAUCGAAGAGAUCGUGAUCUAUGGCGCACACUCUGUCAUCAAGAUGACCUUCCUCUUGUUCUAUCUCCGGCUUUCUGUUGGUCAAACGUUCCGCGGCUUCGUAUAUCUUGGAUUCGCGCUUGCGUUUUCGAUUUUCCUCUCCAGCUUACUCAUGACCGUCCUACAAUGCGUACCAUUCGAGAAGAUUCUCAACCCCAUGUUGUAUCCCGAGGUCAAAUGCAUCGAUAUGCGUAUAAUGAUGCUCACGCCACCUAUCCUUAACAUCUUCAUGGACCUCUACAUCAUCUGUCUCCCGAUACCCUCCGUUUUGACCCUCCAAAUGAAUCUACGCCGCAAAGUCACCGUCGUCUCCGUCCUCGCCUUCGGCAUCAUCUCCGUCACAGUCGCAAUCAUCCGCCUACCCAUCCUCAUAUCGGUAUCCUCGAUGAAGACAGACCUAUCAAUAGACGUGGGAAAAAUGAUGAUUGUGGCAUCAUUCGAGGUCCAAUGCAUCAGUCUCUUGACUCUACUUGCAUGGCGCCGGUAUUUCUCCGCAAUCGGCGAUAUACCAGGACCGUUUGCUGCUUCCUUCACUCGUCUUUGGCAUAUGCAUCGUAUUCUGAAAGGUGAUCAAAACCUCGAACUCGUACGCUUACAUGAACAACAUGGUCACUUUGUUCGCAUCUCGUACGACGAAGUCAGCGUUAGCCAUCCAGAUGCCAUUGCGAAGAUCCUCGUAGCUCCUCUACACAAGGCAAACUGGUACAAGAUCCAUGCCCUACCAGACUAUCGCUUCCAGUCACCCAUGAGCACUACCGACCCCAAGAAAAAGAUCGAAAAGUCAAAAUACAUAGCCGCGGCAUAUACCGUCUCCAACCUGCUCCGCUCCGAAGAGCACAUCGACCGUACUUUCGAAUCCUUCCUCGACUGGAUGAACGAAUACGCAGCCGCGGAGAAACCAAUGCAUCUCAACACCUACAUCUCCUACCUAACCUUCGACGUAAUCGGCGAAAUCGUCUUCUCUAAACCCUUCGGCUUCCUCGCGCAAGGCAAAGACAUCGGGAACUCCAUCUCAAACUCCCUCGCUCUGAACGCAUAUAUCGCUGUAGCAGGUUACUUCCGCUGGAUCAACAUCGCCCUGCUAGCCAACCCCAUUAUGACAUGGCUGUCUAUCUUACCAAUGGGCCAUCUCUUCGACACUGUCACGUCUGUGUUGGCGGAUCGAGAGAAAAAUGAGAAUGUGAGGUAUGAUGCUGUUCAUUACUGGUUCAAGCAGCACGAGAAGCAUCCGGAUAAGUUUACUAUACGCGAGAUUGGUACGCAGGCGCUUGCGGCUGUGGGGGCGGGGUCGGAUACUGUUGCGGCGGGGAUACAGUCUUUUGUUUAUCAUAUGAUUCGGCAUGAAAAUGCGUGGGAGCGCGCGCAUAAGGAAGUGGCGAAGGCGCAGCUUAGUUUCGUGCAAGCCUGCGUGAAGGAGGCUCUUCGCAUCUUCGGUCCUGUGCCCAUGGGCCUUCCCCGCAUAGCGCCCAAAGGAGGAUUGGUCAUUGGAGAUCGCAUUAUACCUGAGGGUACUAUUGUUUCGAUCAACCCAUGGGUGAUGCACUACUCAAAGGAGAUUUGGGGUGCGGAUGCGCACGUCUUCAAUCCAGAUCGAUGGUUGAAAGCAGACAGUGCUGCCAUGGAGAAGCAUUGGAUACCUUUUGGUGCAGGUUAUGGAGGCUGCCCAGGUCAAAACAUCGCUAAGAUUGAACUCGCGAAGAUCGCAGCGACGUUAGUCAGGGACUACAAGAUCAAGCAGGUGGACUCCGCGCAAGACUGGCAGUGGAAGGCCUACUUCACGGUUGUUCCGCAUUCAUGGCCCGUAUACGUCGAGAAGAGGGUAUGA